AUGCGCACGAUGCGGUUUCUAAAAGUAAUGAUUGAGCGAACGGAGGAACUGCUGGAGUUUGUGGAGAGCAAUACGCGCGAAGAAUCCACCAAUCCUUUCCUCGUGGCCACUCGGCACACCUACGAAGCUACCUUCGGCAGGGUCUGGUUUGGGUCGAAUGCAGAAGAGAAUGCUGAUGCUGCUGUCACGAUUGAAAAACAGAUUGGGAAUGCAAAGAAACUGGUGGCUGCACUGGAAGCUGAGAAUAGUCCGAUAUGGGAGUUCUACUGUAAUGACAAUUACCUGCAUAAAGAAGAUCCCUACGGGAAUGCAUUGGGUGAAUGGCUAUACUGGAACGAUAGGGAUGGAGACAGAGGGGGCCAAAUAAUUGUGAAUUUUCACGGCCUCCAAGGGUCAUGUCAAGACAGCAACGGGGACCUCAUGGCCUUCCUCGAACCAUUCGAAGACAUAGGUCUUGAUACCAUAACAAUUUGUCAGCAGUCGAUGAACAAAUUCACUGGCGAGCACCUCAGUGAUCUAGCAGAGAUGACCUAUGAUCCAGAUAUGCAUUUCAUCUCGGCGAAAUUAGGGAGGAGAUUCUGGGAUUCACUCUAA